AUGGAAGGCUGGGUUGGAGUUUGCAAAUGGAAGCCCUCAAAAUAUGAUUCAAGAAAAGUUGAGAAGGUAUGUGCUUAUGCUAGUGGUAAAUUCCCAGUGAUUAAAUCCACUAUUGAUGCAGAGAUAUACGCCUGCAUGGAAGCACUAACAGCAAUGAAGAUUCAUUAUCUGGACAGAAAAGAAAUUACAUUGAGGACGGACUGUCACGCCAUCAUAAAAUUCUUUAACAAGACGGUAAACAACAAACCAUCACGAGUUCGGUGGAUUACUUUUAUUGAUUAUAUUACCGGGACAGGUGUGGACAUCAAAUUUGAGCACAUUGAAGGGAUAAACAAUGAGCUGGCAGAUGCAUUAUCUCGUCUGGUGCAUCAUGUUAUGGAAAAGCAUCACCAACAUAAGAACAAAACAAUAUUGGAGUUAUUUGCAAAGGCCAGUUAUUCUUCAAGCCCCAGUAUCAGCAUUUCCCAUUCAAGUGUUGAACAUUCUCACAAAGCUGCAUUAAGGAAGCACUUCAUAUGGUCUAAUGUUUUGAUGGAUAUUACCUUUGGGAUUGUUCUUGGAAUCCUAUUGUUGGCCAAUGUUGAAACUAUUUGUUCUUGGAUUUUGGUUAUUGUCCAUCAAGUAACAAAUGACCUGUUGCGCUCAGGUUCUGUAUGGUUAAUGGGUGUCCCCGCUGGUUUUAAACUGAAUAAUGAGCUAGCAGAGCUUAUUGGCAUAAUUUCUCUUAACGCAAUCCAAGUUUUUUCUACCCUAUGGUCCUUUAUGGGUGCUUUUUUGCAAAAUUAUAUGCAGGUUCUUGCACUCUUGGGGAUCGUUUUUGGCCUGACUGUACCAAUGGCCUUGUGCAUUGAUUUGCUUAAGCUUGCAACACUUCAUAUUUAUAUUCUGCAUUGCCUUAUGUCUUUUCUGUAUUCGCAGCAGAUUCAGGCUUUAGCUUCCUUAUGGCGCCUUUUUCGUGGACAGAAGCGCAAUCCACUUCGGCAACGCUUUGAUAGUUAUGACUACACAGUUGAGCAGCAUGUUGUUGGUUCUCUUCUGUUUACACCACUUCUGUUGCUCAUUCCAACCACUUCUGUGUUCUACAUUUUCUUCACAAGUUUGAUUACAACCAUUAUUUUCCUGACCAUCAUAUUUGAGAUCAGUAUUUCACUGCUUCAUGCUACUCCCUAUGCUGAGAUAUGGAUUUGGAUUAUGAUAAGGAGGAGAUUUCCCUCUGGAAUAUGGUUUGAAGUCUUAGAUUGUGAUAAUGGAAUUAUUGAUGAAGUUAAUUCGCAUACUUGUUUGGAUGGAAGGCAGUGUGAUUACUUUCUUGGUGGAGAAACAAGCUCUUUGGUUUCACUUCUUUGCAGUAAUUAUGCUACAAUAGGACAAGUCAUUCUGCCUUACUACGUAGGUAUAUUUAAUGAGGUUACUCCAUCCUUUUUUACAUCCCUGGCACAUGGAAUUCUCAGCGGGCAAAGAUUCCCAUCAACACUAGGUACUCGUCUGCCUUCUACUAUGCCCUGGAUGCAAAUCGCCUGCAAGGAAUAUUGGAAGCUAUGCUACACUGCAGUUCUUUCAAGUAGAUUGUAAUGUUCCAACCCUGAAAAUCUGCAACAUCUAACGGAUCUUGCCAUAACUCAAACAACCUGUUCCACCAUCUGUUGAUUUAUUCUUUUAGACUAGUCUUUAGUCUUUGAUAUUUGCUUUGUUUUCUCCUGGAUUGGAUUAUAUACAAUGUCUUUUCGCCGACAUUUACAUAUGCCAAAUUGUUGUAUGUUAAUCAAACUCUUAAUGCACAUCUCUUUGUUUUUA